AUGGCGACCUCCAUGCACAGUGGGAAGGUGACGCCACGCAACGAGCCCUCGGGCUUUGAUACGGUCGACCUCGGGCUACCACCAAGUACGCGCCAGUCGACCGACGCGACGGGCUCGGGCACGCUGCCGGCGCCACCAGCGCUCACGUCGCUCCUCAUGGCGCCGUUCACAUGGCUGCGCGCAUCGUCGUCCAAGACACUCUCGGGCCGCGUCGCGCCAGACCGCCUCUCGAGCCGCAAGAGUAUCGCGAGCCAGCACUCGUCGCAGCUGAUGCGCUGGGACUUUGACGCAGGCCUCGAGACCAACCAUUUGCGGCAGAUGGACAACCUCCAGACCAUCUUUGGCAUUGUCGGAGCCUACGCGGCCCUCGACGUCUCGUUUGAAUCGCUCAACCUCUUUAUGAACGACGUCAAGCUCGGGUACGUCGAGGCGCCAGACCUGCCUUUCCACCGCUACUACCACAACUUUACGCACGCCAUGGACGUGACGCAGACGCUUUUCGCGAUGCUGCACUUUAUCGAGCCACUGGACCCGAUCCUCGGGCCGGUCGAGAAAGCGAUCACGCUCAUUGCCGCGCUCGGCCACGACAUCCACCACCCCGGGGUCACCAACCACUACAUUGUCGUCGCCAAGCACGCAUAUGCACUCGAGUACGGCGAUGGGUCAGCGUCCGCGCUCGCAACCACCAGCGUCAAGGUCUGGGGCGUCCUUGAGCGCAUGCAUGCGGCCGAGACACGGCGGCUCGUGACCAAGCAUCGGCUCUUGGGUCAGUUUCGCCCGACGACCCAAGUGCAGCUGGAGAAGCUCUUGAUGGCGUGCAUUCUCAACACGGACAUGGCCCAACACGACGGCUUGCUCAAGCACAUGCAGUCGCUGGUGACCGUCCGGCACAACCCGCUGAGCGCCGACGACACGCGCGUGCUCUGCUCGUUCUUCUUGCACUGCGCCGACUUGAGCAAUGCAGCCAAGCCAUGGAAGACCGCCGAGCGCUGGGCCUCACUCAUCACCCAGGAAUUUUUCGAGCAAGGCCAGGCCGAGAAGCGACGCGGUAUGCCGGUCUCGCCCAACUGCGACGCAACGACGACCAUGGUGCCCGAGCUCCAGAUCAAAUUCAUCAACUUUGCCGUCCUUCCUUGCUUUACGAUUCUGCAAGCGCUCUUCCCAUUGGCGUCCGAGACCGUGACGCACGCGCUGACCAACAUUCAAUAUUGGGAAGCGAAGCGAGACGACGAGCUCACGCUGGAGCAACGGUACAUCUGGGCCAAACGACUCUGCUACCACCCGGCGUACCUCGUUUCGCUGGCGCUUAUCUCCAUCUACCUCGUGAUCGAGCCCAGUGUGCGCGAGAUGGCAACGUCCAUUGACGGCGACGCCGCGCUCAACGCGUUCUUGCUCUGUCUGCUUGUAAUCGUGCUGGCGGAUAUGUCCUUGACGGCCCUCGCGGACCACCUGUAUUGCGGCAGCUUCUUUAGCUUUCUGGACUUUGCCACCGCGAUCUCGAUCGUGCUCGAAGUGUGUAGCUAUGCACCGCACGCGACGUCCAGUAGUGUCUUUCUGUACGUUUUGCCCGAGCUGUUGCAGCCGCGCAUUGUUCGCGUCGCACGGGUCCUUCGCGCCGUGCACGCCGUGCCACUCCUCCUCUUCCGCCUCUUUGCCCAUGCGCCGCCGUCGACACCGUCCGUGGCUGCGUCCGAGACGUCGUCCGACGUCGACGACGACCGGUCGACACCCAUGGCGUUCUCUCGGCGGGACAUUGCCCGACUCUUUACACGGCUCGCGUCGCGAACGUCCGAUGUGGUCCGACCCGCGGCGAUCGAGCGGCUUGUCGCUGAAGCCUACAACGGGAUCGACGUGCCGCCGCACGCGGCCCGCAAUGUGCUGGCGUAUUUUACGCCAACGCACGCGACCAAGUCGUCGUUUGCCGAGUUUGCCAAUGCGCGGUCCGCGCCCCGCAUUAGCAUUUCGCGCGCGUCGUUCGCGCGCGGCAUUCGGCACAUGGAGCUCAAGCACGACGGCGCCCCGGAUCUGUUUAUGGACGCGGCGCCCCGUCCCGCGGCCGAGCGCAUGGUCGGCCGCGAACUCAGCGACAUUGUCAUCAAGCGCAUUCUGGUCUUGGUGUUCCUGGUUCUGAUUGUGGUGCCGCCACUCAUCUGGGAAGCCGAAGCUCCGAACGAUGUCUAUUCGUACAGCCUCGAGAGUCUCCACGCGAGCGCGUUGCUAGCGUCCUCGCCGCCCCAUCAUGACGCAGCCCUCCGCGCCGACUUGGCAUUGUUUGUGUCGCAUUUGACGCCCCUCUUCCUCCAGCUGCACAACGUGUCGGCGGCCACGAUCGCGGCGUCGACCAACGGUGUGCUGGCGAGUACGGAUGCUGCGUUACUGGCGCAGUACCGGUACGACCAGCUCGAGAGCGUCCAGGUCUUUGGGUGCGACCCGUCACGCCUUGUGACGACGCUCUCGACACGGACCGCGUCGCCCGGCGAGUGUCUCUCAACGGCACUCUUUGAUGUGACCGCGUCGCGCGUCCAGUCGGCGCAAUGGGCCGCGUUAAGCACGCUCCUCUGCUUUGUCUGCGUCAUGAUGUCCGUCUUGUACCUCGACUACGAGACGUAUACGACCGUAAUCCACCCGAUUGAGAGCAUGCUCCACGUCGUCCAGCGCCUUGCGAUCAACCCGCUCCGUUCGAUUCCGUGCUUGGCCGGCGAAGCCUCGAAUGAGAUUUUGCUGCUUCAAAACACGUUGGCAAAAAUCGCGUCUUUGAUUCAAAUCGGGUUUGGCGAAGCCGGCGCGGAAAUUCUGUCCGGCAACAUGCUCGAAGGCGACUUGAAUCCAAUGGCCGAGGGCAAGAAGGUCUAUGCCAUCUUUGGUUUCUGCAGCAUCCGCGACUUUGCCGACGCGACCGAAAAGCUCAAAGAAGAGAUCAUGACGUUCACCAACCUCAUUGGCGACGUCGUCCAUCGGCAUGUGCACGCGCUCAACGGCCACGCGAACAAGAACAUUGGCCAAGCGUUCUUGCUCGUGUGGAAGGUCCCGUCCACCUCGAUCGAGUAUGCGCUGGUCAACGGCAACCAAACGCCACAGCACAUGUCCCCGAAGAAGAACUCGCUCCUGACCGUCAUGGAGAGCGACAACAUGCGGCAGCGCGGCAAACUCACGAUCGCGGACAAGGCGCUCAUUGCGUUUCUCAAGGUCCAGCUCGAAAUGCACGAGGCGGCUGCGCUCAAGCCGUAUGCGCAUGUUUUGCCCAAAGCACAUCCGAUGGGCUUUGGCUUGCACGUGGGCUGGGCCAUCGAAGGGGCGAUUGGGUCUCGCUACAAGAUUGAUGCGUCGUACUUGAGCCCGGACGUCAACAUGUCGUCGCGGCUCGAAGGCGCGACCAAGCAGUUUGGCGUGACGCUGCUCGUGUCCCAUACGUUUCACAAGUUGCUCUCGGCUCCAGUUCAAGCCAUGUGCCGGCUCAUCGACUGCGUGACCGUCAAGGGGAGUGAGAAGCCGCUCUCGCUGUACACGUUUGACAUCUACGACGACCUCGGCGCGCAUGCGAAGAACGCCCUCGGCUGCAUUGACGACCUCCGAAAACUCCAAAUGCGCAUGCCCAUCGAGUUUCGCAUCGCGUUCGACUCGGGCGUUGCCAAGUAUUUGGAGGGCAAUUGGCCCGAGGCGACGCUGCAGAUUGAACACGCGCUUUGCUUUGCGCCGACCGAUGGACCGUCCAAGUCACUCUUGCGAGUCAUGGCCGAGCACCAGGGCCAAGCGCCGAGUGCAUGGCAGGGCUACCGCGCCUUGACAGAAAAAUAA